CCCUCCUUCACACCAUCACCUUCAUUGCAUUUAUAUAUCAAGAUGGCUGCAAGACAUAAGAUCGUAGUUUACUUUGACGUUGUAAGCCCUUGGAGUAGAGUUGCAGUUGUGGCUUUACGAAGGUAUCAAAAGCCAUGGAAUUUGGAUUUAAUCUUUGAACCGGUAAAUUUAGGAUAUGUUAUGAAACAAGCCGAAAAUCGUCCUCCAAUCAGUGUACAAAAUAAAGGUAUUUGGAUGGAUGAAGAUAUGAGUAGAGCAUCAAAGUUUUACGGUGUUACGCUUAAUAGGCCACCAGUGUUUCCUGUUAAUACCUUCUUUGCUCAAUCGCUCUUACGUUUAAUUCAAAUCAAUCAUCCGGAAAAACUGGAUGAUUCAAUUGAUGCACUUUAUGAAGCCGUUUGGACAAGAAAUGACGAGGUAGAAAAACCUGAGACACUGGGUAAGGUCAUCAAGCCAAUCUUCAAUGAUGAUCAAAAGAUCAAAUCACUCGUCGAACGUGCAUACGAUAAACAAGAAAAGGGCGCUCUUGCCGAUUUAUCAAGAAAGUUGGUUACAGAAGGUGGCGCUUUUGGUGCUCCAUGGAUCGUGGUCACCCGCAAAUCUGACGGAAAGACUGCCAAAUUCUUUGGCUCUGACCGCACGGAGCAAAUUGCGGCAUUCUUAGGAGAACCAUACCGUGGUCCAUUCGCCAAUGACAGUGUUCCGAAGCUUUAAAGAAAGUGUAAAUCUUGGCAAUAACAAUAUAGCAUUAUGAUAUACACUAAAACUACGAUUCCUUGCAAAGACGAAAAAGAUAGAGAGAGAGCAAAAAGGGUAUUAAUGAAUGAGGUAUUUGGUAUAUAAUGUAUAAAGAGUGUGCAUCAUCACCUUCGAAGAGCGGAAUUUUGUU